AUGAAACGCAGCAAAACAACGGUCUUAACAUUCGCGGAGAAAUGCAAGAAUAUAUUGCGUCAAACUGGCAAGGUUCUCUUAAUACCAUCAAAGUAG